UUCUUCUUUACCGGAGCAUUGCUUGGUGACCAUGACACUGGAGGACAACGACAUCUGUGACAAUCAUACAUACAAGAUGCAUCCUGUUGCUUCUGCACUGGAACAGGUCCUCGAGGUGGCCCAUAGACGUGACUCUUUGACCGUUGGGGUGUACGAGUCUGCCAAGCUUAUGGACAAAGACCCUGACAGUGUGGUACUGUGUCUUCUAGCAGCAGAUCCAGAAGUUAAUGAUGUCGCUUUGAACAUUCAUUUCACACUGAUACAAGCCUUUUGCUGUGACAAUGACAUUAACAUUUUGCGAGUGUCCGGCUUGCAACGCUUGUCAGAAAUGAUUGAGCCGAUGAUUGGACCAAGCUCAGAACCCCUAGACCUUCACUGUAUUCUACUCUCGAUUCAUCACAACAAUCCUUGGAAAUGUUCAAGUUUGGAUGAGAUCUUUAAUUACUGUGCUGAAUGCCGGUCCAGGAACCAGUGGGUUCCUUUUAUGUCAUUAAUGGACCGGUGAUAUUACUCAAUCCAUUCCAUGUCCGUGACAUCGUGAACAAAACACAGUGGAAAAAUGGAACUUACUGUCUGUGUGGAUUAUGUUCAAACUGUGCCAUUCUUGGUGUUAUGGAAUAUUAAUAAUGUGCGGUCAAUGGCAAAACCCUAAAACUUAACUUGACACUCUAUGAACAAACACAUUUUUAUAUUUUCAAGUAAAGAAGCAGCUGGAUCUGCCAUCUCUUUAACCCAUUUUAUCAUGGAAAAA